GGCGGCGCAUGGUGAGGCGGCGGCCGCCGGCGAGAGAGACGAGGGAUCCCGGCGUCGCCCGGUCGGGAGGCGCGAAUCCUCCUCCUACGCCUCGCGCUCGCCGGCGCCGCCGUUGCCCUCGACCCGGGCCUUCCCUCCCCCAGUCGGGUCACAUCAAAGGGUGUGCCAAAAGCAAGCAUGAUGAUAUAAAACAGAUAACAUGAAGUCAUGAUGAUAAGCACCGGCUUGCAUUGUACAUGGUCUUGCAUGUUCUUUACAUUGGAGACUGAAGAGGCAUAAGAGGACAAAAUAAUGAUGUUAACUUGUAUCUCUCAAUGUCUAUCUUUUGCCCUUGAUGAAGGUCUCACGCCAAAAGAAGUUUUAGUUCUUGAUCAAAAUCCGGUUUCCCUGUGGACCAUCUCCAAGACGCUUGCUAGAUUCAACUUCAAAGUUCUUCCUUUCCUUACCCCAGAAGAGGCCCUAGAUUUCCUUAAAAGGGGGGUUGCUAAAGAUGAGGAGCUUGAUUUGAUAGUAGCGGAAGUUCAUCCUGGCAACACAGAGAUGGGCACCUUGGUGCUGUUUCACCACAUCCUGAACGAACUUGAAGUUCCUCUCAUCACUAUGUGUGCCUAUGAUGAGGCAGUCUCUGCACACAUGACCCUUGGAACAUGCUUCAAUGUGAUUAAGCCGUUGGAUACCAAAACUGUCAAUUUUCUAAGAAUGAGAGCACUGCAAAACAGGUCUAUUAAAAAUCACAGGUCUGAAACUGAGGAUGAAGAACAAUAUGCGUUGAAUCUGAAUGUCUAUUCAGAUAAUCUGGGUCGGUUCAUAUGGAGCAGUGAGCUCCAUGAGAAGUUCUUGCAGGCUGUUGAAGUGCUCGGGGCGUCUGCUACGCCUCGAAAAAUUCACCAGUACAUGAAUGCCAAUGAUUUGAAUUUGACCAUACAACACGUAGCAAGCCAUCUCCAGAAACACCGGCUGCGAGCGCAGAAGUUAUCUCACGAUGAAGAGUGCUAUCAACAUUAUGCCAGCACAGAAGAAUUAUCUGAGAUGAUUGCAGCGGCGUACAAGGCAGACAGUGCUAAACCCAAUAAUCAUCAGGCAACAACCCAGACGCAGAUCACACAUGGGGUUGCCUCUGCUAUCUGGGACAAGUACCCCGGGAUGGUGUGGCCACAUGUGAAGGGAAGUUCAACUGCCUCUGCUAUGUGGUACAGUAACCCUGGAAAGCCGCGGGGACAAGUGGGGGAGAGCUCGGCCAGAGCACGAGUUUCUCAGACUGCUGCAAGCCCACCUCCAGUUCUGUUACAUGGUACCAAGUCCAUAUGGGAUCGGUACGAGGAGAGCCUGCAGAACUAUAAUGAGAGCCUGUCAUACAAACGCGGGGUGCUGCCUAUAAAGAGCAAAGCACUUCAUGGACAUGGACGCAGGGUUUUCAUCAACCUGGAGAAGGAGGAGACUAGUCGUACUGAAACAGCAGGCAAGAUUGUUAUGAACCUGCAGAGGGAUGACAUGCAGAAAGCCACCACGGACGAGGUGCACGCCGCAAUUACUCCGCAGGAAGGCACAAUGGACGAGGUGCACGCCGCAGUUACUCUGCAGGAUGACACCAUGGAUGGGGCGCACGCCGCAGUUACUCCGCAUGAAGUGAACGAGGUGCCUGUUGCAGCCAUGGGCGCUGGUGAUCUAAUGGACCUUGGGAGCGGUAGCCUGCUUGACGGUAUGGACAACUACCACCCCAUUGCAGAGAAUGCGCAGUCUGAGCCUUUCAGUGACUGGGCUUGGGCGGAGGUGCAGAAAUUCUGGACGAACCAGAUGGAAGGACAGGGGCAGGAGCAGCAAGGCCUUGAACUAGUGGAUCUGCUCCAGGUAGACGGCAUUUCACCAGAGGAACUGCUCCAGGAAGACGAAUCCUGGAACCAGGCGCUUCAGCAGGCAAACCCGGCAAACGUCGUCGUGGACGAACCCAUGGCUGAAGAACCCGUCGCUGGAGACGCCCCGGUGUACGAUCCUGUGAACCAGUCCGGUGUCGCCGACAACAUGUUCUCGGUCUGGAGCCCCCAGUUUGCGGGCGACGACUACGGCAUGCCGUUCUAGGCCCCGCCGGAAGAGGGACAACUGAAGAACUGAUUUUUAUCUUAUAAUAUAAUAAUCUAAGACUGGUGAACAGUAUAAGCAAUAAAGGUUCCUGGGGGAAAUCCUCGGGAGAUAUAUGGGAGAGCUGCUGAUGCUCGGACAUGUUUCCAGUGCCCUGUGGCAUUGGUUAAACCCAUUCGCUAGUAUCGGUUUUCGGACUUUUGUGUAUUGUCUUCCUCCAUGAUGCAUUAUGACCUGAUAAUUCCGUA